UAUUUCCUUUUGAACUCAUUCGCUGCACUCUGUACACUUGUCACGUUGAACGAUUGAAAGUUCUACCCGAACCAAUCGACAGACAUUCUAACUCAGCAUUUAUUGGAUCCCGACCUCGAAAAAGAAGCUGAGAAGGGUUCCUAGCCACAAGACCAAAGCCCCCAGAUAUUAAAUAUUGAAGAAACAUCUGCACUAUCCUUGUCUCAUCGUGAACUUUGACAAUUUGAUACUCCGGAACGACGUUAAGAUAGCAAAGGGCGACGCCUUCCUGAAUCAAGGACAAGGCUUUGUCGAUAGUUCCGAUUCGAUUCAUAUACGGCCAACGGCAUCGAUAGACACUUAGUCCGCUUCAUCACAUCGUCUCGCAAUUCCCUCAAGUGUGGAUCCCGUUUUUCGCCUCGCAUCCCAAACGUGCAAACUCGGUGUAGAAAUCUUCUCAUCACUAUGGCUAAUCACCUCCUCAACACUUCCGCGACUGUAACGUCACCUUCGAGAGUGAGAUUCGAGCCGAAUGCUAUCGAUCAAGAUGAAGAGGAACAAGCGAGACUUAGACGCGGGACUGUGUCGCCAGAAUUGAAAAACCAAAUUGCUCUUCGAAGCAUGUUGGGUAGAAAAGCGGUUGAACAUGGCUAUUCCACUGGACGAUCUUUCAGUCGUUCACAGUCAGAAGCCUCUAUUUUCCGCCCAUUGGUCCGUCCACCGACUACCUCGACCGAAGAUCUCGGAAACCCAUCCAAUACACUAUGGGAAUCAGGCUACACACAACUUAGUCGCGUCAAAUCCACCUCUUCGGUAAUCGGUGGCUUGAAUGAUGACCCUCUGCGAGCUGGUUGGAGAAGAAACGAGCCUGGUCCAUUAUGGGAGCAGUCCCAUGAACUCGAGCCUGAUAGGACAGUGAUGGCCUGCAUUGAUGAGGGUGAUGGAUUUGAUCCUGAUGAAAUCGAACUCGAUGGCUCGAACCCGGGAUCGUUGAUGGGCGGUGACGAUCAUGUUGAAGACGAUGAUACCUCCCCUGAGGAUCUCGACAAACUUGGAACACUUCCUACCCCGGACACCAACCGCGACUUCAUAUUUAAGCCACGUGGAUUUUCCAAGACUCAGUCGAUGCCAGUUGGUGGUACCUUUGGAACUCGCCCCGAACAGCCAGGGUUCCAUAGACCAUAUGACGAGACGUUUAUGAGAAUGGAUGUUCCAUUCUAAUAUUAGGUGGAUUUGUUUAGAUAGGGUUUGCGUGAAUCUCCUUCUCUCAUAUUUCAAUGGUCUCUCGUAUUGUUCUGGCUGAAGCUACUAUAUUUGAACCAAUUUCUGUUUCACACGGCAAAGUGUUCUUUAUGAAAAUAUGAUCGGUUGUUUUUCUGUUCUUCGAAUCCUCUUCAGACUCCUUCCUAAACAGUGCCCAUUACAAAAGUCCUUCGAUGACGACUUACGAGGUGGAACAAAGCUCGGUCUUUGACCGUGGGAGACGCGAUGCCGAUAACCAUGUGUAAAUAGUGUGAAACGUUCUCGCCAAGUUAUGAUAGUGAUGUGUGAUUAUUAUUUUACAUUACUCAGCUCCUUGUUCUGAAUUUCAAAUGCGCUUUUAUCAUACUUGAAAUGCAAUGCCUCCUUUUUCAACAUUGCC